UAACCUAAAUGUACUAAUAGACGUCGUCGUCCAUAGUUUGUUUAUAUUUCACGGGGCUGCGUUCCUUUCUUUUCAUUUUUCUAACGUCACAUUCACGUUAGAGACACAAGAUGGGUAUAUCGCGUGAUACCUGGCAUAAGCGUAGGAAGACCGGAGGAAAGCGCAAGCCACUCCGCAAGAAGAGGAAGUAUGAGUUAGGACGCCCGGCCGCCAACACCAAGCUUGGUGCUCGUCGUGUUCACAUUGUUCGAACCCGAGGAGGUAACAAAAAAUACAGAGCAUUAAGAUUGGAUCAAGGAAAUUUCUCAUGGGGUUCAGAAGGAAUUUCUGCUAAAACUCGUAUCAUUGAUGUUAUCUACAAUGCGUCUAACAAUGAGUUGGUCCGAACGAAAACUUUGGUGAAGAAUGCUAUUGUAGUAAUUGAUGCUACCCCAUUCCGUCAAUGGUAUGAAGGUCAUUAUGCUUUACCUAUUGGCCGAAGAAAGACAACAAAAUUAACUGAUGCUGAGGAUGCUGUAUUAAAUAAGAAGCGAUCAACAAAGGCAGAGGUUAAAUACAAGAAGAGACAAAAGUUCGCCAAAGUUGAACCUGCAAUUGAUGAACAGUUCCAAACAUCACGUCUCUUGGCAUGCUUGGCUAGCAGACCUGGUCAAUGUGGACGUGCUGAUGGUUACAUCUUAGAAGGCAAAGAAUUGGAAUUUUACCAUAGGAAAAUCAAGGCCAAAAAGGGCAAAUAAAUAAAAGUUAUUUUGUCAUUAUGUCAUUAACAUUGUUCUUCUGACAUUAUUAAAUAACAAAUGUUUUUUGACAACUA